UACACCAAUCCUUCCAGUAGCAGUGAAGUGAACCAUGGGAACUCCAAACCCAUUCUGGAUUGUGUGUGUAGCCCUUGCUGGGGCACUCUCUUUAGUGGCAUGUUUAGAUCUUACCGUACCAACGUCCCGCGAUUGGUGGGAAAAGGCUGCCUUCUAUCAAAUCUAUCCCCGAUCGUUCAUGGACAGUGAUGGGGAUGGUGUGGGCGAUCUUAACGGAAUUGCUUCGAAGCUGCCGUACCUGAAGUCGAUCGGAGUGAAGGCGUUCUGGAUGUCACCGAUCUACAAAUCACCGAUGGUCGAUUUUGGCUAUGAUAUUUCUGACUUUCGGGACAUUCACGAGGAGUUUGGAACGAUGGCUGACUUUGAGCGGUUGGUGGAGCAGGCGCACGGGCUCGGCCUGAAGGUGAUCAUGGACUUUGUGCCGAACCAUUCGAGCAAUCUGCACGAGUGGUUCGUAAAGUCGGAACAGCGAGAGCCGGGCUAUGAGGACUAUUACGUGUGGCAUGAUGGGAAGGUUAAUCCGGCGGGCGGUAGGAACUUACCACCAAACAAUUGGAUUCAAGCCUUCCGUGGCAGUGCAUGGCAGUGGAGUGAUCAGCGGCAACAGUACUACCUACACCAGUUCACCGUCGAGCAACCGGACUUAAACUACCGAAAUCCGACGGUCGUUCAGGAGAUGAAAGAUGUGCUGCUGUUCUGGCUGGGCAAGGGCGUGGACGGGUUCAGGAUCGAUGCCGUGCCGACGCUGUACGAAGAUACGCAGCUGCGCGACGAGCCAGUGAGCGGGCUGACGGAUGAUCCCGAAGAUACCAACUACCUGCGACACAUCUACACGCAGGAUCUGCCAGAAACGGUCGAGAUGGUGUACGAAUGGCGGGAACUGAUCGAUGCAUUCCAGGCAGAGCAUGGCGGCGAGACGCGCGUCAUCAUGACGGAGGCCUACUCAACGCUAGAUGUGAUCAAGACGUAUUACGCGAGCAGUACAGGACGGUUGGGAUCCCAUAUGCCGUUCAACUUUCGACUCAUUACCGAAGUGGACAAGCAAUCGACGGCUGCGGACUACGUGAAGGUGGUCAAGGAUUGGAUGAGCAUACUGCCUGCCGGACAGGUGCCAAACUGGGUGAUGGGCAAUCAUGAUCGUCCACGCGUUGCCACGCGUCUCGGGGAGGAACGAAUUGACGCACUGAACAUGGUGCUGCUGUCCCUCUCCGGCGCAAGUGUCACAUACCAAGGGGAAGAGAUUGGCAUGACCGAUGUGUACAUCUCCUGGGAGGACACCGUCGAUCCGGCGGCCUGCAAUGCAGGCAAAGACCUAUACGCGGAAAAGUCACGCGAUCCGUGCCGCACACCGUUCCAGUGGGAUGAUACGGCAAUGGCUGGGUUUACUACCGGCUCCAAAACCUGGCUACCCGUCGGCGACCGGUACAGGGAAGUGAACGUGCAGGCGCAACUUGCGGCCGAAAAAAGUCACCUCAAAGUGUACCAAUCGAUGAUGGAAUUGCGCAAGACGAAAACUUACCAGCUCGGUACGGUGAAAGCAGUUGCGCUCGGCGAUUCCGUGCUGGCGGUUGUGCGAGAGCUGACCAAUUUCGGCACCUACAUUACCCUAGCCAACUUUGGCAGUCAGAUCGAGGUGAUCAGUGGCAUUACGCUGGCCGAUGCGCUUCCUGGCAAGCUGUACUUUGAGGUCGUUAGUGUCAAUUCGCAUAACAUUCGAGGAGGUUCGAUGGCAACGAAGGACAUUGUUUUGCUGCCGAAUGAAGCGUUUGUACUGAAGGCCCAAAUUGGACCGGUGGAGCGAGUGUAUUCAUCGAUCUGUGAUAGUUGGCUUCAAUAAAUAAAUUGAAUUCUUAAGACAACAACAAA